AUGUCGUUGUGCUGCGUAGAGUGCAAGCCAUGCAACGGCCACUGCCUGCCGGGGCCGCUCUUCAAGAGCCGGCGCCCCGCGCAGCUGCUCCGCCGCGCGCUCGGCAAGAUGAAGGUGGGAGGCACCCGCAGGCGGCCCCGCCGCCCCGGGAGCUUCAGAUCCGUCCGCGCGGUGUUCUGGCCGCUCAUGUCCAUGCGCUCCGAGGCCGACGCACGGAACGACGACACCCGCCCGCCGACGGACUCCUCCCCCGACGUCACCGUCAGCAGCGGCGGGGCGCGCGCACCGUCGACGACGACGGCCGCGCGGGUGCUCGCGCUGCAGGCCCGGCUCGGCGGCGAGGGCGAGGCGGCGGCAGGUGACGAGGCGAAAGCCAUCGUCGUCAGGCACGGCGGCGACGUGGAGGCGGCGUGCAGGAGCUUCGAGAGGCACCUGAUGGAGAUGCUGGUGGAGGAGCGGAAGGUGAUGGACCUGACGGACGUGGAGGAGCUGCUCUGCUGCUGGGAGCAGCUGACGUGCCCGGCGUUCGUGCGCCUGGUGGGCCGCUUCUACGGCGAGGUCUGCAUGGACCUCUUCUCCUCGGCCCAAGACGCCGACGACGUGUGGUCCUCCCACCAGUCAGAGGACCUGAGCGUCUGA